AUGUUGAAUCUGAAGAGUUUCAACCUAAAAAGCAAAUUCUCCAUUAUCGCCAAGAUCGCUGCGCUGUGCUUGGUCGCGCUGUAUUUUCUGUUCAGCUAUGUCCGCCUCAAUAUAUGGUCGGAUUCCUUCGGUUAUAGGCCCCUGGGCACGUCGACGCACGGCAGUAGCUUCAAUCCAUUGAGCAUAGACUUCGCCAGCUAUGACCCCCCGAUAGACCCCGAACUCGGCGCCAAAGCCGCCGUCUUGAUCCCGCCCAUCCUCGACCCCUCCGACACUUCUAUCGAGCGCAUGUCCUGCCCCCAGAUCAAUGUCACGCGCUACGGCUACUUACGUCCGAAUGUGGGCUGGUGGAAACCCAAGCAGACAAAAUACGUCUUCGCCCUGAAUCUCCGCAAGAUCGCCCCUUUGCUGCCGCGACUCCUCGGCUCCGUAGUCGAAGUGAUGCGCUUCCUCGGCCCAAAAUACUGUGCGCUGAGCAUCAUCGAGGGCAACUCGGACGACGGCACGCUCGAGGCGCUGAGGCUUCUCAGCGACGAGUUGAAGAAGAUUGGGGUCGACUACUGGCUUGCCCGGAGCAGUCUUGACCCACUGCAAGGAGAGGGCAUGCGAAUCAAGAAGCUGGCAAUGCUGCGGCAAAUGGCGAUCGAACCCCUGUCGGGGCCGGUCGAAAUUCUGCACGGCAAGAACGGCAAUCCCCCGGAGGUGGACCCAGGGGAACUCACCUACUACUCGAAACCCCCCAUCGAGAAACUCAACUUGACUCCGAACGCCACCGUUGCCUUCAUCAACGACGUAUCCGCCUGCGAGGAGGAUAUCCUCGAGCUAAUCCACCAACGCGAGUUCCAAGACGCCGACAUGACCUGCGGAAUGGACUGGAACGACCCGGGCUCCAACCCCAGCCCCCCACCAAUCUUCUACGACGUCUGGAUCGCCCGUUCCAUGUCCGGCAGCAUGUUCUUCGACAUCCCGCUGAACGGCAGCUGGGAGCACUCGCACAACCUCUUCUGGGACCACCUCCCGACCCAACAACGUUUCAACGCCUCAGUCCCCUUCCAGGUCUUUGCCUGCUGGAACGGCGCUGUCGCCAUCGCCGCCCAGCCGUUCGCGUCGGGCGAAGUCUCCUUCCGCGCCAGUAAACCCGGCGAGUGCUACCAGGGAGAACCUGAGCUGCUGUGCAAGGACCUGUGGUGGAUCGGCCAGGGGCGCAUCGCUGUCGUCCCUGGGGUCAAUUUCGGGUACAAUGACGGCACGUGGGGCAGGUGGAUCAAGGAGGUUAGGGGGUAUGUCAGUGAUGUAGUGAGGCUGCAGAGCGCGAGGGAGGCUGAGUGGGGGGUUGAGGAGCGGAUUCAGUGGGAGGAGAGGCCGCCUGAUCUGGUAAACUGCGUCGACAACUGGGCUAAGCAGACGUACAAGCCGUGGAAUGAGAGUCUGCCGCUGUGA